AACCAUGGCAAAAUUUCAUAAUUACUAUGUUUUGUGUCCACUGAUAGAUCAAAAAAGUUUUCUUGGAGUUUCAAAAGAUAAAGAGGAUGCUAACGUUUUAGUAACUUUAGGUAGAAAUGUUGUUAACAAAUACAGACUUUCAGACCAGAAACAAGUCGGAGGUUGGACAUCGAAAGAUCAUAUAACUUCAGCUGUGAUCUAUGAUGACACAAAUGGUAAUUACAUAGGGGUCUUCAAUAACAACAUAAUCAAAACAUGGCAAGAAGAUUCAGCUAAUUUAGACAAAUCAAAGAAGUUCAAGUUUUCACUAAACAUUCUGAAACUGCUGCCAAGGAAAAAGAGAUCACCAUUAAUAAUAUUCUCUGAUGGAAAUUGUUCAUCACUAUCUUAUGCAAUUGAGAACCGUAAAAGUUUUGAAAACAAACCUGUUUUCAAAGAAACCGAAACCAUUGUUGAUAUAUCUUACUAUGGAAAAUAUAGUGAUUGCAUAUGCUACAUAACGAAAAGUAAUAAAGAUACAUUUGAUAUUGUAACCUGCCCACUCAGGGAAGAGCUCUGUGAUCUAGAGAGAACAAAACUGAAUCGGACAAAAAUAUUACGAGAUGAUGUAAACGUCGUAGGAAAAAUAAUUUGCAUGGAAACCAAUUGUGUCUAUGUUAUAUGGAGCGAUUCAAAAAUGUCAGAAUAUAACUUAGUACAGAAGAGCUGGAGAAUAAUAGGAACUGUUUCGUGGAUAUCAACUGCUUCAAGUAUUUCUCUUGCUUGGAUGGGCAAAAACCAUCUCAUCCUAUUUGGCAGCAACAUGGAUCAAGAUGGAGCCAUAAUAGUCGCUUACAAUACUACUUUAGGAGUAGGAUCCUGCAAGUACCCUAUGAAAAUGUACACAGAAAAUGCUAGAAUUUAUUGUUUUGAUAACAGGAUUUGCCUAGAAGCUUCUAAUCAUAUUGGUAUGUUACCUUACAUUUUGGAAACAAAAAGGAAUCUGUCUAGCCUUCUUGGAUCCCAUGAAGUUAUACUGGAUGAGGAAACUGAAAUAGCUAAUUGGGGAACACCCACAAUACCUUUGUUUCCAGUGGAUGAUCAAAUAAAAGGUCUACUAAAACUAGGUCUAACAGAAAGGAGUAUAUGUGCUCAAAUUAUACCUAAUUUACUGGAAAAAGGUGAUUUUGUGAACAUAAUGUGUACUAUUCGAAAAUUCAGUGACAUACCUGAAUCUGUUUUAGUGUCAAUCCUAAAAUAUGCAGUCAAACUAGUACAAAGUGAAAAUGUAGAUAUCACUAAGCCCGAAGAAUUCCAUGCCUACUGUAGAGAACACAGUGUGACAGAAAAAGAGAAGUUUAGAUUCUUAAUUGAUACCUUCACUAUAACAUUCAGUGAUGCUCUUGUUAUUCCACAUCUGCGUAAUGGUCUUACUUUAGAGGAUACUUUGUUUCUGAUUGCCUAUAUAACAUAUUUGUUGGUUGAUCCUGGAAUUGACUUAAAUCUUGAAUAUGAAAGCAAGCUUUAUGAUUGGUGUAUGUUAUUGUUGGAUUCCUUUUAUCAGCAAUAUUUACUGACAAGAGAUGACACAGUAACCCACGUCUUGCAGAACAUGUUGAAUGUAAUUAUAGAUUUGAUCAAGCCAUUAGAGAACAUGAGUUUAUUAUUAGCUAAAAUGCAAAACUUAGUUAUGGGAAAGAAUUUUGUUUUUAAAACAGAAAAACAAUUGUCAUACACAAUUGAAUCUAUUAUAAUAUAGAGCUCGAAACAA